AGAGAGAGAAGGAGAGCGGGCAAGAGAGAGAAAGAACUUCGUGCUUUACAUUACACACAGACACGGGAUAAAGGACGACUGCGUGGACAGUUGUUAUAUACAUUUUGUGCCUUUUUAAUUUGUAAAUCAACGUUUACACGUGCGUUUACGGUUGUAGUAGAUGUAAAGGGAUUAGAAUAGAAUCGGGGGAAUGUAUCCUGCUCGGGCAACAGUGACCGACCGUCUUCCGAGAUGUCAACUCAACAUUCUCCGGGCCAUCAUGCUACUCCAGGCCGUUCUAGAGAUGACUGCGACCAGGUUUGAAGACCCUAGUGUGAUGGGCGCUUCCACUUGGAACAGCUCAGACCUGUUUCUUCGUCUGGAGGCUCCUAUGAACAACAUCACCACGUCUCUGGGCCAGACGGCGGAGCUGCUGUGCCGUGUGUCCGGUAACCCCCUUCCCACGGUGCGCUGGCUGAAGAACGACGCUCCCGUGGUCCAAGAGCCUCGCCGGAUCUCCUACCGGCCCACGACCUACGGAUCGCGCCUCCGCAUCCGUAACUUGGACACCACAGACACCGGCUACUUCCAGUGUGUGGCCACCAACAGCUACGGCACCGUCUCCACCACCGGAGUACUCUUCGUCAAGUUUGAUCCACUCCUAACCCCUCUGCCAGGAAGACCCUCUGCGGAUGAUUUUGAUGAAGAGGGGUUUUGCCAGCCGUACAGGGGCGUAGCUUGUUCUCGCUUCAUAGGGAACCGCAGCAUCUUCGUCGACUCCCUGCAGAUGCAGGGCGAGAUCGAGACCCAGAUCACAGCCGCCUUCACUAUGAUCGGAACGUCCAGCCACCUGUCGGACCGCUGCUCCCAGUUCGCCAUCCCGUCACUGUGCCACUUUGCCUUCCCGACAUGUGACCGCAGCUCUGGGACAGACAAGCCCAGGGACCUGUGUAAGGAUGAAUGCGAGAUCCUGGAGAAUGACCUGUGUAAGACCGAGUACAUCAUCGCCCGUUCCAACCCCAUCAUCCUGAAGAGACUGAAGCUGCCGAACUGUGAGGACCUGGCAGCACACGACAGCCCAGAGGCUGCGAUCUGUAUGAGGAUAGGAAUCCCCAUGGCCGAGCCCAUCAACAAGAACCACAAGUGUUUGAACAGCAGUGGUUCAGCCUACCGUGGGACGGUCAGUAAGACCAAGUCGGGUCGUCAGUGCCAGCCCUGGAACUCUCAGUACCCUCACAGCCACACCUACCUGGCGCUGCGCUACCCAGAGCUCAGUGGAGGCCACUCUUACUGCCGUAACCCCGGCAACACGCAGGAGGGACCAUGGUGUUUCACCCUGGACGAGGGAGUCCGUAUGGAGCUGUGCGACAUCCCCGUCUGCGAUUAUAAGGAGAACCGUGGGGGCAGUAACAUGGAGAUUCUUUACAUCCUGGUCCCGAGCGUAGCCAUCCCUCUGGCCAUCGCCCUCUUCUUCUUCAUCUGUGUGUGUCGUAACAACCAGAAGGCUACCCGACCCCCAGCUCCCAGACAGCCCAAACCUGUCAGAGGACAGAAUGUAGAGAUGUCCAUGCUCACCAACUACAAACCCAAGAGUAAGGCCAAGGAGCUCCCCCUCUCUGCAGUGCGGUUCAUGGAGGAGCUAGGUGAAUGUGCAUUUGGUAAGAUCUACAAGGGCCACCUGUACCUGCCUGGUAUGGAGCAAGCCCAGCUGGUUGCCAUCAAGACCCUGAAGGACUACUCCAGCCCUGGCCAGUGGGGUGAAUUCCAACAGGAAGCUUCGGUCAUGGCUGAGCUUCACCAUCCCAACGUGGUGUGUCUGCUGGGUGUAGUGACCCAGGAACAGCCUGUCUGCAUGCUGUUUGAGUUCCUGAACCAAGGGGACCUCCAUGAGUUCCUCAUCAUGCGCUCUCCUCACUCUGAUGUGGGCUGUAGUAGUGACGAGGACGGUACUGUCAAGUCCAGCCUGGACCACGGGGACUUCCUGCACCUGGCCUUACAGGUGGCUGCUGGGAUGGAGUACCUGGCCAGUCACUUCUUCGUCCAUAAGGACCUAGCAGCCCGUAACAUCCUGGUGGGAGAACAGCUCCACGUCAAGAUAUCUGACCUGGGCCUGUCCAGAGAGAUCUACACCUCAGACUACUACAGGGUCCAGCCCAAGGCUUUACUCCCUAUCCGCUGGAUGCCUCCAGAGUCCAUUGCCUAUGGGAAGUUCACGUCGGAGUCAGACAUCUGGGCGUUUGGUGUGGUGCUUUGGGAGAUCUUCAGCUACGGCCUGCAGCCCUACUACGGCUUCAGUAACCAGGAGGUCAUGGAGAUGGUGAGGAAACGUCAGCUGCUGCCCUGCCCAGAGGACUGCCCCCCCAGGGUCUUCGGCCUGAUGACAGAGUGCUGGCAGGAGGGCCCGACGAGAAGACCACGUUUCAAAGAUAUCCAUGGCCGUCUGAGGGCCUGGGAGGGGCUGUCAUCCCACGCUAGUUCUAGUACCCCAUCAGGAGGCGGGGGGAAUGCCACAACUCAGACCACCUCGUUGAGCGCCAGUCCGGUCAGUAAUCUCAGCAACCCGCGCUAUGCCACCGCUGCAGGUUACCUCUACCCAGCCCAGGGGAUGCCUGCGCAAGGUCAUCCAGGCCACCAGAUGGCAGGCUGGACCCCUAUGACCCAUGGAGCGCCCAUGGCCCAGAACCAACACCAACGCUUCAUCCCUGUCAACGGGUACCCCAUCCCCCCAGGCUACGCUGCCUUCCCUGCGGCCCACUUUCAGGCCCAGGGCCCCCCCAGGGUGGUGCAGCCUCCCCCGCCCAAGAGCAGGUCUCCCAGCAGCGCUAGCGGCUCCACCAGCACCGGUCACGUGACAAGCGUGCCCUCCACGGGGUCCAAUCAGGAUGCGAACACGCCUCUGCUGUCACACUGCGUGGCAAUAUCCGCCCUGCCAGGGGGCGGGACCAUGCAGGUGUACGGACACAUGUCCCAGAAGGCUUUGCAACAGAUGGACCCCUCACAGACGUCCGCGCUGCUGGCCGACGCCAACAGACUCAUGUAUAGUGAAUCGGUCAUCACUGCAGACCUAUAAAUACACUGCAUACCUGUACUAUAUAUCACCUGGUUGAUUUGUUGUUUUUUGUUUCGUUUUUUUUUUGUACGAAAGUUAUUAUAAUAAUUGUUUCAACUUUCUACUUUACUUGUAAAUACAUGCACGUAAAUCCUGAAUGAACGAGAUGCAAAGAUUUAUAUUCAAAAGAACAAAACAACUAAAAAGAGACAUCAAGCGUGUCCUGCCCCCUACUCUGAAACUCAAACUGCCUUGAUAGACUUUUUUUUAGUGAUGCUACUCCGUUUGCCUGCCUGGACACCGGGAUUUCUAAGCUCAGAGUAGGUCAACAAUAACACACCUCUCAAUAUAAUGACUCUAUCACUCGGACAUCAUUGUGAAUAACCUCUCAUUGACGUCAAUAAAUCUUCCAAGACUCCCGUUGACGUCAGAAUGAUUUUGGCGGAAGUCCGAGCUGCACGGAGCCCUUCUGGUAGCUACAAUAUGUACUGCAGCAGGGUGUGUUGUUACUUGGACUGGAGGGGCCCCGUACUGAAGCAGGGUGUGUUGUUGCUUGGACUGGAGGGGCCCCGUACUGAAGCAGCGGGAGUCCCUGGUUGUGUCGUCAGUAGGGCUUUAUGUUCAGUUGAGCCUGUGUCAGCACAUCUGCCUGGCUUGCAUCCCUACAGUGCACCUCUCUCCUCCAGGAGGCUAAGCCCCCCUCUAGGGAUAUGUGAACUUCAAAGACUUCUGAUUUGACUUCAAAGCGGCCUGUGGAGAAGGGACGAGGCCCUACCUACGCAACGCUAUGCAAUGACAUAGCACUCAUACCCUCUGCUUCACUCUCCACAGCUAUGUGCCUCCACAGAUGUGUGCCUCUACAGCUAUGUGCCUCCACAGAUGUGUGCCUCUACAGCUAUGUGCCUCCACAGAUGUGUGCCUCCACAGAUAUGUGCCUCCACAGAUGUGUGCCUCCACAGCUAUGUGCCUCCACAGAUGUGUGCCUCUACAGCAAUGUGCCUCCACAGAUGUGUGCCUCUACAGCUAUGUGCCUCCACAGAUGUGUGCCUCUACAGCUAUGUGCCUCCACAGAUGUGUGCCUCUACAGCUAUGUGCCUCCACAGAUGUGUGCCUCCACAGAUGUGUGCCUCCACAGCUAUGUGCCUACACUAGACUCUCUCUCGUUCUCAAUACAGGGUUCUGUCAACUUGUAUGCAAUGAUAUACUGUAGCUACUAGGAACAAAUCAGAACCGUUUUUAAACCAGCCGUACUUCUCUCGCCAGUCUGUGUCCAUGUCUGUCCUCCUCUUUCUUAUCAUCUCAUAUCUGGUACAUUCAGCUAUGCAAUAUGGCUCUUACAUUGGCUAUGCAGACUUUGAUGGAUAAUCGUAUUGUCUUUUGAUGAUAUAUAGAAGUGGGACUAACAAAUGUAUGCCGAUCAUUACAACUUCUUUGUCAAAACGAUCCAUGAUAUAAAAAAGUAUGUUCUACUAUAGACUGAAUGAAUGAUAUAAGGCUUUUGAUAAAAUACAGGGGGGUGAAUGAGAAAUCCUUCCACAUUUUAGCACACAGCUCACAGAAGCAGCUGCAUACAAUACAGUAUAUUUCACCUCAGUUGAAUGUGUUUGUUGCUAUGCAACUGUUUAGUUAAAAAGACGCACCCUUUGCCCAUACAGAAAGAGGACAAUCGUCGGUUUACCCUUGGUAGCACUUGCCUUCCAUGUUAACUUUGGUAUAAUACACAACUCUGUAAUGUUAAGUGCAUCCUUAUCUUUUAUCAAGGUACAAAGUCUACUAUCCUGACAUUUUCUGUGAUGUGUCAAUUAGUCCGAUACUGUCGAGAGGUACAAACCUGCUCUUUAGAUGAAGGUUUUGGUUUGUUUAAAUUCCACAUAUCUUUUAUUUCUUUCUAAAACAGGUUUACCUUCCUAGGUAUCUGGAGUUUUAUACAGGUAUCUUUUGAUAAAUGUAUUUGAAUUUAAGUGCAUAUAUACCAGUUCAAAACCACUUAAACACAAGACUGUGAAUCUUGGGACUGGCUAUUUUGUGUAGUUUAAAAAAAUAAAUAAUGUUAGAUCAGUUUCUUUUCAUAAAACAGUCUAAGACAGUCUUUUCAUAAAGCAGUCUAAGACAGUCUUUUCAUAAAACAGUCUAAGACAGUCUUUUCAUAAAGCAGUCUAAGACAGUCUUUUCA